GAUUUAAUAGUCUGUAAGCCAUGUCUAUAGCUGGAAUGAAAGGUCUAGUGGACAUGGAGGGCUUAUUCAUCAGCGAGUUAACGAACUAUACAAAAGCCUUAAAGGACAAAAUCGAUGAUAUAGAAAGUUUUCUUCAAAAAGUACAAUCCAAACGAGAAAUUUCUCGAAAAAACCCACAACAGUUCGUAGCCCAUCCACUCAACGCCUUUUCCCUCAUUCGACGACUGCAUGAGGAUUGGACUGAGAUUGAGUUAUUUAUGUCCAAACAGGUCGGCUUGAAUCACCUUGAAGCUAUUAAAAAAGGUUUGGACGAAUCGCAACCCACUGAUCAGGAUCUUUUGGAUGCCACGAAUGGAAUAAUAACAAUGCAACGAACCUACAAUCUACAGCCGGUUGACAUUGCAAAGGGAAUCCUAGGGAGCCAAAAAUACAAUGUCAAUUUAACUACCUUAAAUUGCCAGCUUUUGGCUAAGGCUUGCCUUAUAUUGAAUGAGGAUAGAGCUGCUUUUAGUUAUUUUAAAACUGCUGUGGAACACUACGAUGAAAAUCGGGAUGGCCAAGUCUAUAGGGAGGUAUUUGACUUUAAGCUGUCUGAUUUAUACACAAAUUACACAAAAAUUUUGAUAAUCAAAGGUUUUCGUAGUGCCGCCUUGAAUAUUCUUCGAAACGUAUCAGAUUUGGAUGCUGAUCUCUGGUUACUUCAGAGAAAAGUUUAUGAAGAAGCUAAGAUUGAUGUUCCUGAUCCCACUUAUUACACAGCCCCAUGGACCGACAAAUCAGGUUGUCAAGGAUUAUGGGAGUCCAAAAACUAUUUUAGUUGUUACUAUGAAAGUGGAACAACAGACUUUCUAAGGAUUGCCCCACUCAAAGUUGAGAUUCUCAGCUUAGAUCCGCACAUAGCAAUUUAUCAUGAUGUAAUCUUUGACAGCGAAAUCUCAGGGAUGAAAAAUAUUUCACUUCCUUUACUAAAGGGUCCUUUGCGAUACCUAAAUAGUGAUGACUUUAACCUAAAGUUUGCUAAGAUAUAUGGGGAGCAUCAAAGUCCGUUAAAUCAACGAAUUAGGGAUAUCACAGGAGAUAACGUAAAAGAGGAUAAAGAUUUUUUGAUAUUCAACUAUGGUAUGUGUGGGUUUAAAAACUAUCAUUUUGAUAACAUAGAAUUACAGGAUCAAACGGCAGAACUAGGAGAUCGCCUUACAAGCAUUAAGUUUUUUUUAAACGAUGUGACCGAAGGUGGUGCCCUUGUUUUUCCGCAUUUAAAUCUGACUAUUUGGCCCCAAAAAGGCAGCGCUGUGGUGUGGCAAAAUCUAAAUAAUGAAAUGGAUGCUAACGAAGAUAUUAUUCACUUGUCGUGUCCGGUUAUUGUGGGCUCUAAAUGGACCCUCUCCAAAUGGUUACACCAAAACCCUCUAAUGUUUUCCAAACCUUGUAAAAAAGUAUGAAGACUUUAACAUAUAAAUUCAAGUGGAAUAGUCCACGUGCCUAAAGCAUGAAAUUAUAAGCGUUAAAUAAAUAAUUUAGACAACAA